AUGAUAAACGCCGUGUUGGUUUUCAACAAUGCCGGGCAGCCGCGCCUGACAAAGUUCUACACGCAGCUGGAAACAUCCGUCCAGCAGCGCCUGAUAUCCGAAAUAUUCACCCUCGUAUCCCACCGCCCCGCUGGAUCCUGCAAUUUCCUCCCUCUUCCACCCCUCCUCGCCAGCUCCUCUACCUCGACAGUGCCAAGUAGCGAACACAACGAUGUACCCUCCCUCGUCACAUACCGGCACUACGCCACCCUCUACUUCAUCAUCAUAUCGACCUCGACGGAAUCCCCGUUAGCGUUGAUCGAUCUGAUACAAGUCUAUGUUGAGGCGCUAGAUCGGCUGUUUGAGAAUGUCUGUGAGCUAGAUUUGAUCUUCAAUUUUGAGACGCUGCAUGCGGCGCUUGCAGAGAUGGUUGUUGGCGGUGUGGUAGUCGAGACGCAGUUGGAGAGGGUUGUGGAGGGGGUUAAGGCACAAGGUAAGGUGGCGAAAAGACCCGUUAAUGAGGGGAGAGGGGGUGGGUUGGGGAUGGGGAUGGGGAUGGGUGGAAACUUUGGGUGGGCUGGGAGGUGA